CUCAUUCCCUAUACAAAGAUGCCUCCCAGAGGGAAUCAGGAACCUUCUCGGAUCCCACAGCUGGUGGCGCUAGAGUACCCCCAGGGGAUCCCAGCUUGGGAGUGGCCGCAGAGGCCUGGGGCCGGAGGCUCUUUAUGCCCUGGGGCACGACAGCAGAGAAGAUGUGGCAGCAGCCGUUCCUCAACGUCUUCAGACACUUCAAGGUGGACGAGUGGAAGCGGUCCUCUAAAGAGGGCGACGUGGCCGUCGUGACGGACAAGACCCUCAAGUGCACGGUGUACCGCGUGCGGGGCCCUGUCUCUGCUGGCAAUUACAUCCAGCUCCCCAAAACCAGCACCCAGUCCCUGGGGCUGACCGGACGCUACCUGUACGUGCUCUUUCGGCCCCUGCCCGCCAAGCAUUUCGUCAUUCACCUGGACCUGUGUACCGAGGACAGCCAGGUCAUCCGAGUGUCAUUCUCCAACUUCUUCAAGGAGUUCAAGUCUACAGCCACAUGGCUUCAGUUCCCUUUCAUCUGUGAGACUGGGACACCCAGGAAAGAUGUGGGCUCCCCUGGUGCCCGCUGGACCUGCCUGCAGCUCGACCUGCACGACAUUCUCCUGGUCUACCUGAACCGACGCUACAGUCACCUCAAGAGCAUCAGGCUGUGUGCUAGCCUGCUGGUCAGGAACCUCUACACCAGUGACCUGUGCUUUGAUCCCGCUGUCACUGUCGCUGAAGCCCGGUGUGCAAAACUGCCCAUCACCCCCAUACCUCGAGAAAUGGCAUUCCCGGUGCCGAAAGGGGAGAGCUGGCACGACCACUAUGUCCACAUCCGGUUUCCAAGCGACAGCUCAAAAACAUCCUCCGAGGCAGUUCAGAAGAGCUGUUCCCCUUCUGAGGCAGCGGGGCCUGUGCUGCGGCUUCUCCCUCACCCAGCGGCCUUCAGCAAGCCUGUUCAGGACAGCCUGGCCCUCAUGGUCCAGAAGCAUGGCCCCACAGCUUCCCGCCAGGCCCUCUCUGUGCCCAGGCCCCUUCCAGAAGUCAGCGUGUCCUGUGAACGCUCUGAGGUCUCUAGUGUGGGUGGCCCCAGUGGCCGUAGCCAGGAGCCCUUGGCCUGGGUGGAGGCCACUGACAAGCACGUGGCCAGUGACAGCCUUCACGUGUCUGUGUAUCAGACGACUGUGGAGCCCACGGCCCCAGAGGAUGCAUCCCCACAAGAGUCUCCUGGCAGAAAGCAGAACCAACAGGAGGUGGCUUUGGGCAAGAAUCGUUUUCAACAAAGAAGCUUCCUCCCGGAUCCGGUCCUGAGGCUCAAGGGGGUCAUCGGCUUUGGGGGUCACAGCACCAAAUGGGCCCUGUGGACCCGGGAUGGGGCCGCCGUCGUGUACCCUUGCCACGCGGUCAUCGUUGUCCUGUGUGUCAACACUCGGGAGCAGCGUCUCUUCCUUGGCCACACAGACAAGGUCUCUGCCCUGGCGCUGGACGGGAGCGGUUCCCUGCUGGCCUCAGCCCAGGCACGGCCCCACAGCAUGCUGCGUCUCUGGGACUUCCAGACCGGGGAGUGCCUGUCCCUGUUCCAGAGCCCAGUCCACACCGUCUGCUCCCUCAGCUUCUCUGACAGUGGGGAGGUGCUCUGUGGUGUCGGCAAGGACCGCCACGGGCGGAUGACUGUGGUGGUGUGGGGCACGGCCCAGGUGGGGCGAGGCGGAGAGGCCGUCAUCCUCACGAAGGUGCACAGCGACGUUGACAUCCAGGCAUUCGAGGUGGCCUUUUUCGAUGAAACCAGGAUGGCAUCGUGCGGGCGGGGCAGCGUGCGGCUGUGGCGGCUGCGAGGUGGGGGGCUGCGCUCCUGCCCUGUGGACCUGGGGGAGCACCACGCGCUGGAGUUCACUGACCUGGCCUUCAGGCAGGCCCAGGAUGGCCAUACACUCUACGUCUGCAGCCGUAGCGGCCACAUCCUGGAGAUUGACCACCAGCGCAUGGCUGUGCGGUGCGCUCGCCGCCUCCUGCCUACACGGACCCCCGGUGGCCCCCUCCCACAGAAGCAGACCUUCAGUUCAGGCCCCGGCAUCGCCAUCAGCAGCCUCAGCAUCUCCCAGGCCAAGUGUGCCGUGGGCUCCGAGGACGGCUACCUGCGCCUCUGGCCCCUGGACUUCUCUUCUGUGCUCCUGGAGGCAGAGCAUGAGGGCCCCAUCAGCUCCGUCUGCGUCAGCCCUGACGGCCUGCGUGUGCUGUCCACCACCUCCUCGGGCCACCUGGGUUUCCUGGACAUCCUGUCCCGGGAGUACAGCAUGCUGGUGCGCUCCCACGCCGCCCCGGUGCUGGCCGUUGCCACUGAGUGCAGCCGGGGACAGCUGGCCACUGUGUCCCAGGACCACACUGUCCGCAUCUGGGACCUAGCGACCCUGCAGCAGCUGUACGACUUCGCGUCUCCGGAGGAGGCCCCGUGUGCUGUUGCCUUCCACCCUACCCAGCCCACCUUCUUCUGUGGCUUUAGCAGCGGGGCCGUCCGCUCCUUCAGCCUGGAGACCACCAAGGUCCUAGUGGAGCACAGGUGUCACCGCGGAGCCAUCACCGGCCUGGCCGCCAGCCCCGACGGCAGCCUCCUGUUCAGCUCCUGCUCUCGGGGCUCCCUGGCCCAGUACCACAGCAGCGCGCCCCAGUGCCGCAUCCUUCGUGUGACAGCUAACGUGGUGUGCCAGGAGGCCUGCCCGAGCCCCAGUGCCCUGGUGGUCAGUGGGGACAGCCACUUGCUGGCCUUUGUGGGUCCCUCCGAGUACACGGUGACCGUCAUGGACACAACCUCACUGGAUGAGCUGCUGAGGGUUGACAUCAGGACUCUGGACCUGGCUGGCAGCCGCCUGGACUCAGCUGUGGCCGUCUGCUUUGGCCCUGCACCCCCUGGCCACUUGCUGGUGUCCACGUCCUCUAACAUGGUUGCAGUGCUAGAUGCCACGUCAGGCCGCUUGGUCCGGGAGCUGUCCUGUGUCCCCCCUGCGGCCUGCUCUGUCCUAGCUCUCAGCGGGGAUGGCCGUUUUCUGCUCACAGCCGCCGACCGGGCCAUCAAGGUGUGGGACUACUCAGCACAGGCCGGCCCUGGCUGCCAGGUGUACAUCGGCCACUCAGAACCUGUGCGGGCCGUGGCUUUCACCCCCGACCAGCAGCAGCUCCUUAGUGUGGGAGACGCCAUCUUUCUCUGGGACGUUCUGGCGCCCUCUGAGAAGUCCCCUCCAGGAAGUGUCCAAGGCUCUCCUGGGGCGCCCACAACCUGCGAAGCUGGCCUGGGUACAAGACAGCUGGAGGACACGGUGUCCGGGGCCAGUGGGCUUCCCCGGCAGCAGGUGCCCAUGCCAUCCCAGGCGUCCCCACCCUGGCUGGACAUCUGUGCCAGGCCCCCCAAGGACCAUGAUGGUGAGAGCAGGGGUCCUAGGAGGGCCUGGAGGGGAUGUGUUCUGGCUCCCAUCCUGACAUGCUUUGCUGCUCCUGGCCUGGGGGAGGGGCAAGGGCAUGGGGGUGCUCUUCUCCCUCGUCUCACUGUCUCCCCACCCUCCUCAGGCGCUUUCUCCAUGUCACAUGAGAGCCGUGGCCCUGAGGGUCUCCGCCAGGCCUCAGGCCCACCUGUGCUGGUGCAGAAGGAGGCUGGCAGGGCCAGUGAUGGGGCCAUGGGGGGCCCCUGGGACCUUGGCAGGCCUCCCCACCCCCGUGGUUGGCCCAGUGGCCUAAGGACAGACCUGGCUGCCCCUGGCAGACAAGGGAUGGUCACCUACAGGACAAAUGGAGAGUCCAAGACCCCUGCUGGGCCAGGUGCCUGCAGCACUGGAAGAGCCAGGGCCCAGCCCCCCACUCGCCAGGACUCCUAUCGGCAUUUCACAGCUCGCUACAAGGCCUCCCUGCUGUCCAAGGGCCUCUCCUUCCCUGCUGUCGGCGAUGAGCGGCUGCACCUGAAGGCCGUCAUGGGUUACAACGGGAACGGGCGCGCCAACCUGGUCUGGAGGCCAGACACAGGCUUCUUCGCCUACACGUGUGGUCGCCUGGUGGUGGUGGAGGACCUGCACUCUGGGGUCCAGCAGCACUGGCUUGGCCACCCUGAGGAGAUCUCCACGCUGGCCCUCAGCCACAAUGCCCAGGUGCUGGCCUCUGCCUCAGGCCGAAGCAGCACUGCCUCCCGCUGCCAGAUCCGUGUCUGGGACGUGCCAGGGGGCUCCUGUCGGCAGCUCCUUUCUCACCACGACACUGCUGUCCAGGCCCUGGCUUUCUCACCAGACGACAGGCUUCUCGUCACGCUGGGGGACUAUGGCGACCGCACCCUGGCCCUGUGGAGCAUGGCCACCUACGAGCUUGUGUCCUCCACGUGCCUGCCAGAGCCAGUAUACGGCAUGGCCUUCAACCCCUGGGACGCUGGCGAGCUCGCCUGCGUGGGCCAGGGUGCCGUCACCCUGUGGCUUCUGCAGCAGCGUGGGGGCGACGUCAGCCUCCAGGUCCACCGAGAGCCCAUCCCUGAGGAGGUGGGGGGGUGCGAGCUGACCUCCCUCUGCUACGGGACCACACCCCUGCUCUACUGCGGCUCCAGUGCUGGCCAGGUGUGUGUUUGGGACGUGUGUGCCGGCUGCUGCUUCCUGGCCUGGGAGGCGGACGACGGUGAGAUCGGAGUGCUGCUGUGCUCGGGCGCGCGUCUGGUCAGUGGCAGCAACACCAGGCGGCUGCGCCUAUGGGCCGUGGGGGCCGUACCAGAGCUGAGGCGCAAGGGCUCCGGGGCCAGGUCUAGCUCUGUGUUUAUGGAGCGUGAGCUGACCCUUGAUGGGGCUGUCGUGAGUGCAGUCUUCCACGAAAGCAUGGACAUGGGUGUGGUAGGCACCACAGCGGGCACGCUCUGGUACGUCAGCUGGGCUGAGGGCACAAGCACCCGCCUCGUCAGCGGCCACCAGAGCAAGGUGAACGAGGUGGUCUUCAGCCCCAGCGAGUCCCACUGUGCCACGUGCAGUGAUGAUGGGAGCGUGAGGGUGUGGAGCGUGGCCAGCAUGGAGCUGCUGAUCCAGUUCCAGGUGCUCAGCCAGAGCUGCCUCUGCCUGUCUUGGAGCCCCCCAUCCUGCGAACGCCCAGAGCAGCAGUGGGUGGCAGCGGGCUACAGUGACGGCACGCUGCGGCUCUUCAGCAUCCCCCUCAUAGCGAUGGAGCUCAAGAUGCAUCCCCACUCGGCUGCACUAACGGCCAUCGCCUUCUCUGCUGAUGGUCAUACCAUCCUCUCCGGAGACAGGGAUGGGCUUGUGGCUGUGAGUCGCCCUCGCACGGGGAUGACCUUCCGUGUGCUGAGUGACCAUCGGGGAGCCCCGAUCUGCACCAUCCAGAGCACGAGAAGAGAGUAUGGAGACUUCGGGGCAGAGGGUGUGGACCUGUGGCUGGCUGCCAGCGGGGACCAGCAGGUCAGCGUUUGGGCCUCCAACUGGCUGCAGGACCGCUGUGAGCUCGUGGACUGGCUGAGCUUCCCAGCGCCCGCCCUCACGGAGGUUCCCAGCUGCCUGCCGCCCUCCCUCGCCGCCUUCUGCCCCUGGGAUGAGGCGCUGCUGGUGUGUGCGGGCCUCAGCGUGCACCAUGAGGUCGUCUUCUACAGCCUCUGCCAGAAGCAGGUGAUAGAGAAGAUCCCACUGCCUUUCUUUGCUGUGUCCAUGAGCCUGUCCCCUGGGGCCCACCUUAUGGCCAUUGGCUUCUCUGAGCGUGUGCUGAGGCUGGUGGACUGUACGUCGGGGGCCGUGCAGGACUUUGCUGGCCAUGAUGACUCGGUGCAGCUGUGCAGGUUUGCCCCGUCUGCUCGGCUGCUCUUCACGGCGGCCCACAAUGAGAUACUGGUGUGGGAAGUUACAGGACACUGACCCCCAGUGGGGAGUGCGGGGUCAGGUGUUGCCCUGCUGGUCAGCCGGGCACCUGGCCUGGGCAGAGGCUCAGCUGAGAAGCUGGGUUGGCCGGGGGCCUUGUGCUGGGCCAGGAUGGCUGGGUGGGCUUCACCCCUCCACACCCGGCUGCCCAGGAGUGUAUGCAAAUCAUCAAGACCUUGAACGUGUAUGAAGUGCUUAUUGCCUCUUUUCCUUUGGGCUUUUGUUUCUACCUUGUACAGUUCAAAUAAAUGUGGGUGUUGCACUGAG